AUGGAUCCGAUAACGUCGCUCGGCGUCGCAAGUACCGCAAUUCAAAUAAUCGACUUUGGAGUGCGUUUCCUUUCGCAGGUGAAGGAGCUGUCGGACUCGGCCAAGUUGGACCUCGACGAGUUCGCGCCCUUGCGGCAAGAGGCGACUCAGCUCCGGUCCUUGAAUGGGAUCCUCAUCGACGCUGUCAGGCGGCGUAAAGAACUUCACGAGUCCAACCCCAUGAAAAGGAGACACUCAGCAUCUGCGCGCAGUCGAAUGACGUUGCGCGAGUUGGUUAAUCUUUCUGACCAGUCCACGUAUUCUCCUAAGCUGGCCUGGGAUGAAGCGCUUACUCUUCAGAAAUGGGUUACCCAGCAGCGCUCCUACAUGGAGAAUCUGCACGCACGACUCCUGACUGCCGUGCAAUCAAGCCAACAUCUCGUGCUCCGUAGUCUCAGCCAGCAGAAGUGGGAUGGGCUGAGAAGCUGGGAUGACUCGCCCGUUGUGCAAACUUUGAAAACGUCGCUUCUGGAGAACCUCGAAUUUGAUGAGAUCGCCGAGCGCCAAAGGAGGAUCCCCUGCGCUUUCGAUGACACGUUUGAAUGGAUCUUCUCCGACCACAACAGCGCGGCCACGGACGGCGAGCGGACCUGGAGCAGCCUUAGCAAAUGGCUUGUUGAGGGCGACGGUGCAAGUAUUUACUGGAUCACCGGGAAAGCUGAAUCCGGCAAGUCCACCCUCAUGAAGAAGCUUUUCCAGGACCCUCGUACUGAACGUCUGUUGGCGGAAUGUGGCGGAAGCGUGCCGGUUGUCACAGCCAACUUCUUCUUCUGGUGUUCCGACGGCCUGGACGAAUUUUCCGGCGAACCGUCGAAGCUCAUCGCCCUCCUCCGGCGCCUCGCAGCAUAUCAAAACAUCAAGAUCUGCGUUUCAAGCCGGCCGUGGAUGGAGUUCGAAGACGCUUUCAAGAAGCAACCGAAUCUAAUGAUGCAGCACCAGACAGCGCGCGACAUUGCCCAUUAUUCCAGGGAAUCACUAUCAAAGAAUCCGGCAUUUUGCGAAAUCGCUACCUACGAUCCGAAAUACGCCGAAAAUCUAAUCCAAAACAUCGUCACGAAAGCUUCCGGAGUCUUUCUUUGGGUCGUUCUUGUUGUCUCCUCCCUUUUGGAAGGAUUGGCGCAGGGAGACCGUCCAUCGGAGCUGCAGAUGAGGCUUGAAAAACUCCCGGACGAGUUGGACGAGCUGUUUACCAAGAUGCUCCACGGAAUGGAGGGCCAGAAUUUUCGAGACGCCUCUCACAUUUUCCGCAUCGUGCAUGCCGCAGCGGAGAAGCCGUCUCUGCUUGUUCUCUCCAUCGCCGACGACGACAAUGUUGGUUGGGCCCUGGAACGAGAUGUCGUGCCUCUGGAGACGGGGGAGUUAUGGUACAAUGCUGUCAGGAUGAGACGUCGACUGGGGCGGGGGUCGGUAGUUCCCACGGAAAUAUUUGAUUCAGGCCCCCAACGCCACAUAUCCGCUAGUGAUAUCACUGUGGAUGACGGAUACCUCCUUGCAGCGCCGAAAGUGGAUUAUCUGCACCGAACUGUCAAGGAUUUCCUCCUGUCGUCUCCGGUCUGGGACCGUAUCGAAGCCGCCUGCGAUAGUGGGUUCGACCCUCACAAGGGCCUCUUUAGAGCAUACUUGGUCCACCUGAAGACAUUACCAGAGGACAAGCUGCAUCCAGUACUAUUCGGAAAGCUUAUCAGCCUCUGCAUAAGUGAAUCGCGCCACUUUGCUCAAACCGACACAAGCCUCUACGUCCGCUACCUCGACGAGCUGGAUCAAGCCGCCGUCAGCCUCACGUCCAAGAAGGGUAAUAUGGGAGUCACGUACAUUAACCGAUUCUGGAAAGAGGGCAACCACCAUUGGGCCAGCACCCUAUCCCGUUCCAAACCCACAGACAACUUCCUCACGGUAGCUGCGUGCUGCGACCUCGUUGAAUACCUCUCGGCCAAGUUUGCGGACAACCCUCCUUCUCGUGAGCUCGCUUCCGCGUUACGGGCGGAUGUUCUGACGCGGAGCGACAUGCGUAGCAUCUUAGAGGGCAGGCGCAGACGCGGCCAAAACCCAUGCCAACAAGUUUUAGAGCUGCUGUCUCAAUACGAUACGACCAAGGGGAAAGGCCCUCUAGGCUCCAACCCGUUCCAUAAUUCUCGAGAGUCUCGCGGGCCCCAGCCGCCUGAGUUCGAUCCCACUGACAGAAUGCGUCGUGCAAGCAUCAAGGGUGUAUAUAAGGGUCGUAGGGGUCGCGGGCAAGUCUCACUAGCGAUGUCCGUGCGCGGUCUGAUGCCUUUUUCGCAAACGGCAUCUACUAUCCCUCGCCCCGCCAUAGCCGAGAUGUUCUAUUAUUCAGAGGAUCCGAAAACAGACCUCAUGUAG